AUGCACGCCACUGGCCACACGGACCGCUCGGGCGGCGGCGGCGGCGGCGGCUCUUGGCGCCUCCCGCCCGACGAGACGCUGCAAGUCGCCGACCCCAAGUCCGCCAAGGAAGACGAUCUCUAUCAAGGGGAUGGACACAACUGGAGAAGCAUCAUAUUUUCAUUGAUGGUCAUCAGUUUUGUUAUUGCUGGAAUCGUGACUGCAAUUUAUUUAUUAGGUUAUGUGGACGAAUUAUUGUACUGGUCGGGUCGACGUAUGCGCUUGGACGAGUUCCUGCGCGGGGAUCUGACGGGCGACCGGCUGCCGACCACGUGGGUCAGCACCCAUCAACUCGUGUACCAGGCGGACGACGGCGGACUACUCGCACUAGACACAUUCAACAACACACUAUCCGUGCUCGUCACCAAUCACACUCUCAGGCAGCUGAAUGUGCGAGGCUACCAAUGCUCGCCGAACUUGCGCUACGUUCUAUUUCAACACAAUAUCAAGGAGGUUUAUCGGCGGACGUUUACGGCACACUACACAGUUUAUGACGUCACAAAUGACCACCACAUACCGCUGUUUGGCGAUGGCCAAAGCAGUUGGGAGUGGCAGUUCGCGGCGUGGCUUGGCGCCGAUGGGGCCUUACUGCUGGCGGCGGAUAACGAAGUGCUGGCGAGGCCUGGGCCGCCAGCACGCCGCGCGCCGCCAUUACGCCUCACGAACGACGCGUCCCCUGGACGCGUUUACAAUGGGGUCUCCGAUUGGUUAUACCAAGAGGAGGUGACGAAAACCCCAUCAGCAACUUGGGGCUCAUCUGACGGCACACUCGUAAUGUAUGUACAGUACGAUGAUAGUGCGGUCUCUGAGCUACGGUUUCCUCGAAUCUCCGAGGGGAUCGGUGGAGCCGGCGCCGCCAGGUCCGGGUUCCUACUACCCACAAACAAUAAUAGUAUAGCCACAGUCUUCCCAGAUCAUAUAACUAUCAGAUAUCCAACGCCUGGCAGUUCGAUACCUAAGGUAAAAUUAUGGAUAGUUGUAGUGGAAAAUACAACUUCUCCCAUGAGAUGGGAAGUCAGACCUCCGGGUACAUUGGAUGGAAUGGAAUAUUACCUCAUAUCAGCCCAAUGGGUGGGCAAAGAAAACUCACAUAUAGGGGUAGUGUGGAUGAAUCGUGCGCAAAAUCUUACUGUUUAUAGCAGCUGUUAUGCACCUAACUGGACUUGUACUGAGACGCAUUCAGAAAAAGCAACAGACGAGCCGUGGUUGGAAGUGCAUCAACAGCCGGUAUAUUCAGAGGAUGGCAGCGCGUUUCUCCUGCUGGCAGCUGUGCAAGAGGGCGGCGGUCAAUAUUACACGCACAUCAAACACGUAGACGUGCUACGACAACGCAUCGCUGUGCUUUCACAUGGCAAGGUGGAGGUAGCAGAGAUCCUGGCAUGGGACCAGGAGAAUCAUUUAGUUUAUUACUUAGGUUUAGACAAAGAAAAGUUGUACAUACCUAAUCUGCAUCCAGAUAUGGUGAAAGAAGCUAAUCAAAUUAACGCAGAGAGGCCGGGUCAGAGGCACGUGUAUGUGGUCCGGGACCCGAGCUACGGUGGCGGCAGCAACUCUGUGAGGGCGCGAGCGGAGCGCGAGGAACCUCGGUGCCUUACGUGUGAACUGGCCGUUUGGCCAGCUCGACUCCACUACGCUAAUUGUUCUUAUUGGACAGCCACUUUCUCGCCGCCGAAACCGAGGGUUGGCAUAUCGCAUUAUGUGCUGGAAUGCGGUGGCCCUGGUCCUCCUCUUGCAGGAUUACAUGAUGCUAGAACACAUAAGCUAGAGAGAAUAUUGUAUGACACGAGGCCUUAUAGAUCGGUUCGGCUACGCGAGUUAGCGCUGCCCACGCGACGGUCUUUUGACGUCCAGCUAAGCAGCGGCUCCAAAGCACGGGUGCAACUGCUGUUGCCACCAUCAUGGCGUGAGGAGUUGCGCGACGCUGCCUUCCCAGUUCUCGUUCAUGUAGAUGGGCGACCAGGCAGCCAACAAGUGACUGAGAAGUUCCUGGUAGACUGGGGUUCGUACAUGUCGUCGCGUAAUGAUGUAGUGUACGUGAAGCUGGACGUGGCCGGGGCGCGGGGUCUGCCCCGUGCACUGCUCCGCGGCCGCCUCGGUGGCGUCGAGGUGGCAGACCAGUUGGCUGUUAUUAGAUAUUUAUUAGAGACUUUCAAAUUCUUGGACGUUACCCGCGUCGCUGUGUGGGGCUGGGGUUACGGUGGAUACGUAACUGCUAUGCUCCUCGGCUCCCAACAGUCCACACUCAAAUGUGGUAUAGCAGUGUCACCAAUCACCGAUUGGCUUUAUUACAACGCUGCGUUCACGGAACGGAUCCUGGGCCAGCCUUCGGUGAAUUACAAGGGUUACGUAGAAGCGGACGCGUCUCAACGCGCACACCACGUGCCCCCGCACGCGCUGUACUUGGUGCACGGCAUGGCCGACAUGAGCGCGCCCUACCCGCACGCGCUGCAGCUAGCGCGCGCACUUACAGACGCCGGAGUACUAUUCCGCUAUCAAGCUUACGCUGACGAAGGGCAUGACCUGAAAGGCGUUAUCGAGCACGUAUACCGUUCGAUGGAGGAUUACCUCCGCGAGUGCCUCUCCCUCGACCCCGAGGAUACCAAACUACCACCUCCUGAUAGAUAAAAGUGAAACCCGCUACUAAUUAAUCGAGCAAUAAUUUGUACCCGACCAUUUCAAUACUAAUAUGCAAAUGUUAUAAAAUUCCUGUCUGUAAAUAUGUAAAUGAAAUAGUGCUUUAAUGAAAUGUGUUCCCCUCGUUUAGUUCAACAAUGCCUUCUAAUUAUAAAAUCACGGACAUCAUUAUUUUUGGCAACAGAGAGAGAGCGAGGGCUAUGUGAUUAGAUUAUAGAAUCGUAACUUAUGAUAAUAAGAAGUCCGUUCUGUUAUGACAAUUUUGCAUUAUUAAUGAAAUUAAUAGUUAGCAAUAGUGUUAUUUAUUACUAGAUUCAUUUCGUAAUAGAUAGAGAGACAAAAAGAACGGGCUACGAUGAUUAGAUUAAUUCUUCAAAUUGAAUAUUUCUCAUUCGACCCAUGUAACUUCGCUUCGGCACCCUUCGGCUAUACUAUCAUACCGUGUCUUCUAAAUCUAAGUAAAGCCUAGAUAGCUAAUAAAUUAUGAACAUCAAUUAAUUUUGUAAUAAAAACAUAAAUACAUCGUAUUGUACAUUAUGAUCAUACUGUUCAAUAUUCAUGAACUUCGAGCUUGUCCCCUUAGGCUUUUACUGUUUUUUACCGUCGCCUUCACUAUACCAAGUCUUUUUAUCGUCCUAAUUCUACAAAGGUACGUAGUUUACUGUUAGUUAAUUCUUAUCGUUAAUUAAUUCUCUAGUAAAACAACGCAUGUUAAUGAAAUGAAUCAAUUAAAAUAAGAAUUAAAAAAAAAAUCAUUAUUUAUCAUACACGUUCUUUGUACCAGACAAAUUUCCAUCGUUAACGUUGUUAAAUACAUACUACCUACAUAACGAUGAGCUUACCAUUUAGAGAAAUUUAAUAGGUCUUUUGAAAGUAGUCUUUUUUCUGUUACAGCCAUUUAAAAAUGUUGAGAUUUGUUAAAGUAUAAUGCUGUUAAAAAUACCUCAUAGGACAAUGUAAAUAAAAUAUGUUAUUAUUCAUAAACUACCUUCAUACAUGAAAUUAAAUGCAUUUUAUAGUGACUUAUAAUGUUUAGAAAUGAAGUGACCUUGAUCAUCCCUUAACCUUAGCUGCUUUUGCUCCAUUACAUUACCAUUUUCUAAUCUUCUUAAUUGUUACUAAUGUUAAACGUUAACGUAAUUUACUAUUCAUCUAUAAAGCCUAACACGAGACUCUUGAAAAUAACAAAAAGGUCUGAAAAAUAAUAAAUAUUAUAAUAAUUACUUUGAAAUGAUCAAGUAACGGUUACUAUCAUUAAUAAAAAAAUAAAUA